AUGCAGAUCAGAUACGUAAUACUAAUCUGCGCAAUGGCAGCUAUCUGUGUCGCAGAAACCGAUCGCCCCCAAGUCUCAGACACAGCACUCGAAGACGCUCUUAACGAUAAACGAUUUAUCCAGCGGCAGUUAAAAUGCGCGCUUGGAGAAGCACCAUGUGAUCCUAUCGGAAAGAGGCUUAAGACUCUAGCACCUUUAGUGCUUCGAGGAGCCUGCCCGCAAUGCACACCUCAAGAAACGAAACAAAUACAACGCACACUGUCUUACGUACAGAGGAAUUUCCCACAACAAUGGACAAAAAUUGUUCGACAAUAUUCGGGCUAA